CCACGUGGUAUUUUCACAACUACACAAAGUAGCAGCAGAACACUGAGUAGCUAUGGUUGUGUCAAGUUUGCGCAGAUAAGGUAAGAAGGUUUUUGCUUAGUGACAGACAACCAUGGUUGAAGCAUCAGGAAUGAUGUUCACCAACACCACCAAUCUUAUUCCUGCUUUUACCCCAACAACAUUUCACAGAACCUAUCUUGGUCUCUCUCAACCAACUCUCUCACGAAGACACCAUAUUCACUUUUCAGUUUCAGCCACUCAGAGUCAAACCUCUGCAGCAUUGGUGGAAACUAUUCCUUGGGGGUGUGAGAAUGAUUCACUGGAAAAUUCAUCUUCUCUUCAGACAUGGUUGUCAGACUCGGGUCUUCCUUUUCAGAAAAUGGCCAUUGAUAAAGUUGAUGUUGGUGAGAGAGGACUUGUUGCUUUGAAGAAUAUAAGGAAAGGAGAGAAGCUUCUCUUUGUGCCUCCCUCACUUGUUAUUACUCCUGAUUCUGAGUGGAGCUGUCCGGAAGCUGGCGAAGUAUUGAAAAGGAAUUCGGUGCCGGAUUGGCCGUUGCUUGCAACUUACCUUAUAAGUGAAGCUAGCCUCAUGAAAUCUUCAAGAUGGUGCAGUUAUAUAUCGGCCUUACCUCGUCAACCCUACUCACUUCUUUACUGGUCACAAGCGGAACUAGAUCGCUACUUGGAAGCUUCACUGAUUAGGGAGAGAGCAAUUGAAAGGACUAAUAAUGUUAUUGGAACAUACAAUGAUUUGAGGCUCAGAAUAUUUUCCAAAUACCCUGAUUUCUUCCCUGAAGAGGUGUUCAACAUCGACUCCUUCAAAUGGUCGUUUGGCAUUCUUUUCUCGCGCAUGGUUCGGUUACCCUCGAUGGAUGGAAAGGUUGCCUUGGUUCCGUGGGCAGAUAUGUUGAAUCAUAGUUGUGAUGUGGAGACAUUUUUGGAUUAUGAUAAAGUGUCGAAGGGAAUUGUCUUUACGACAGACCGUCCCUAUCAACCAGGUGAGCAGGUGUUUAUUUCAUAUGGAAAAAAAUCAAAUGGAGAGCUUCUACUAUCUUAUGGAUUUGUACCAAAGGAGGGAACUAAUCCAUGCGAUUCAGUUGAGUUGUCACUGUCUCUCAAUAAAUCUGAUGAGUCCUAUGAGGAGAAGUUAGAAUUGUUGAAGAAGUAUGGAUUAUCAGGAUCUCAGUGUUUUCCUGUAAGGAUUACUGGUUGGCCAUUGGAGUUAAUGGCUUAUGCUUAUUUAGCUGUUAGUCCUUCAAGCAUGAGAGGAAAAUUUGAAGAGAUGGCGGCCGCCGCAUCAAAUGAAACUACCUCGAACAAGGACUUGAGAUAUCCCGAAAUAGAGGAACAAGCAUUGCAAUUCAUACUAGAUAGUUGUGAAUCUAGGAUCACAAAAUACAAUAAGUUCUUACAGGUAAGUGGAUCACUGGACUUGGAUGUGACUUCUCCGAAACAACUCAACCGGAGACUCUUUCUAAAACAGCUAGCCGUCGACUUGUGUACUAGUGAGCGGAGGAUACUAUUUCGCGCUCAAUAUAUAUUGCGAAGAAAAGUGAGGGAUAUGAGGACUGGUGAACUAAGAGCCUUAAAAAUCUUUAAUGGGUUCAGGAAUCUUUUCAAAUGAGGCCAUUCAUUAUUUUCUACACCUUUUGACAUGAUGAUGUAAUUGGUAGUUGUUGCUGAGAAAAACAGGUCCAGUCUUGAGUGAUAAAAUAAUCUUGAAAAAAACAGCAACAAAAGUAAAAGUAAAGGAAUGAUUGUUGUAUUGACUCAUUUUGGUCAUUUAGAUUAUUUUUAUAAUUUAAUUAAUAAUAUAUGAAUAA